AUGGACGUAUUCGAUUUUCCUGAAGACAAUGAUAAUUUUAGGUGGGGAUCAAGAUCCAAAAGCAAAAAAGACGGUCUAAAAUCAGUCGACCUAACAAUAAAAAAGAAGAAAUCGAUCAAUUCUAUUAUUCCAUCAUCCUCACCUAAAAGAAUGACAAAAACUAUUAUUGAGCCACCUAAAACUCAAACUCGAUAUACUCGGUCGAUAUCAGAAGUUGGGACACCAAUGUCCUUUUUACCAUUCCACCGAAGAAAACCAAGUGAUUCUAUAUGGGAUGUUGUUGAUGCUGUAGCUUCACCAAUAGACAUAUCAACCAGUCCACGAAAACAAAAUUUAGUUGCAAAAAUGUCUAAGCCUCCAGUUUCCAAACCCGAUAAGAAUAAUACUUUAUCUCACUUUAUGACAUAUAGAGAUCCCACCUUUUCUGCUUCAAAGUCAAUGAUAGAUACUAGUCCAUCAACUAGUUAUAAUACAAGAGAUGAUAUGUUUAUUGAAGAUAUUAUUGCAACGACUUCAAAUGUUCCCGAUUUUCCAAGUUCACCGCCUCAAUCAUAUAAUGCAAACAUAUCCGGAAGCCCCGGUGUUCAAAAGACCUACGGAAAAGGGCGCACUAUUAUAAGACAAGAUGAUCUUGAUUCAUUAUUAUCAGAUACAUUUAUGCCUUCUUCACUAUUUCAUUCUGAUGAUGUUGAAAAAGAUUUAAUAAUCAGAAAGAAUGAAGUAAAAAGUUCCCAUGAACUUCGAGAAGUUGGAGGUAAUGCUAGAUUUAUUGAUGAAAUAAAUUAUAUUUUGGAUGGCCUUCGAGAAAAUCAUCAAUUGAGUGUGCGCAGGAAUAGUGGCAUGGAGCUAUCACGCAAAUUGUUGAACAGUGAAUUUCUGCUAAAAGUUCGUGCUCACAACUAUAUUCCGAAAAUAUAUGCCAUGCUAAAUAAGAAUCAAGAUUCGUUUAUAAGGUGUUGUUUUGCAUUCAUUAUAUGUUUGUUGAUUGAGGACAAACAUAGUUCAGAGUUAUUAAUACGGGAAUAUGGGUUUAUGGAACUGAUUGUAAAUACUCUGAACAAUCCAUUGGAUCCUUUUGACGAUAAUAAUGAAUCUUUGAAGAGAUCUGAAAGGUUACUAAUCAAAGAAAUGAAAGAGAUCAUUAUACGUUCUGCAAUUUUCGAAUCAAAAUCCCAAAUUUCACUUAAAUCAAUAGCCCUUCGGACAUUAUCUUCCUUAACUUCUUUAAGAACGCGUUAUGAAAGCAUGAUAAAAACUAGAUUACGAGUGUCAGGAGGGUUGGGUUCUGUAAUAAAUAUCUUAAAGACUGAACUUGAAUCUGUAACUGGUUUACUGUCAGGAAUUGAGAAUGGUAAGGCAUUGAACCUAUCAGAAAAUGUAUUGGAUUUCGAAUGUAUUGGGCAAUGCCUUAAAAUAAUAGAAAAUGCAACCCUCUUCUGUGCCGAAAACCAAUUCGACAUUGUCGAAAAGGACAAAGAACUUUUACGGAUGCUAUUGGAAUUUCUUUUGUACUGUCAAGUAGAGGCUUGUAGUAGAAAUAUGCAACGUGCAUCAGUAGCAAUGGAAUGUCUUCUUGGCAGUCUGCGUGUGCUUAUUAACCUCUCUAAUGAUAAUCAACCGUGUUGUCAAUGCAUUGGGUGUAUUCCUGGAAUGUCAAUUCUUGUCAGACUUGCCACUCUUGGACAGCUUCCCCAUAAUGAAUCUAUGACAAUGAAUAUUCACUCAGAUAAGAUGGAUUUGGAUGGUCCGGCGAAUUCAACAGCUAUCGAAGCGGUCAAAUUCGACGUGUUAUUACUUAGUAUUGGCUUGCUUAUAAACUUGGUUGAAAUGGAUCCUGGAAACCAAGACGAAUUUCGGAAAGUUGAGCAAAACCCAUUUUGUACAGGUUCACAUACUUGUCUUCGAACUUGCACAUGCUCAUCACGUGAAUCCGCUGUAUCAUGUUUUGUAUCUUUGUAUAAUUACCAACUUGAAAAAGAUGAUGAUGAGACUGAUAGCAAUAUUAUUGCAGCAUAUCUAGCUCGAUUGCCGGAUCGAUCGGUCAAUUCUCUUAUAAACCUUCUUCAACAGUUUGUCCAUUUUAAUGAAUUAGUUGGUGAAGAGGCAUCAGCGAGUGGGCAUUUAAGUGGACAAAUGUUAAUGAGUUCAUCAUCGUUAGAUCAAGUUCAACUUGAUAAUAUGACACCUCAUCCUCAAGGAAAAACUAUAGGUGAUUCAUUUUUGGACAUUGUAGACAUGUUAAAAUCUUUAGAAACUUAG